UUCUAGUGCACGAAUACUGUGUUUGGUUUAGGGAAGAAAAUGAAAGAAAAGAAAAUAUGACAAAAUAAUCCUUGGAAGAAGCCUUUCCUUUUCUUCCACUCCUCUAUUUUCCGCUGUACUUCAUUGCAUCCAAACAACGGUAGAAAAGUGGAUAAAAAUGGAUAGUGAUAGCGAUACGUAGAAAUUGAAAGAACAUAAACCUAAUCCCAAACUGUAGCUGAAGAUUUUCUGCUGAAAACCCUAAUCAACAAUGUCUCAUCGAGACUCCGAUUCGAAGCGUCGCCAUUCGAAGUUUGAUCGAGAACCAAGCCCCAAGAGACAUAGAAGGGAUAGGGAAAGAGUAACGACAAAUGAUGGAGGAGUGGAUCGGGAACAGAGAAACCUACCACUGCCGAAUCGUUCUUCUAAGCAUGAAACAACAGAUGGUUCUCAGAAGAAAUUGAAUCCAAUUGAUCACUCUGAGCCGUCUAAACAUUCGUCUCAACCGUCCAGAUCUCGCUCUUAUUAUCAGGUUGGUCGAAGCGCUGGUCAAAGGGAAGCUGAUGGAAAAGUGUAUACUCAAAGUAAAGAGAAUAAUCAAAGGGUGGAGACAAGUCAAAGUAGAGAGCAAAGAGAUGAGAAAUCACUGGCUAAACAGGAUGAUAAAUUUCAGAGAAGAAACAGUUUUACAGAAAGAAAAGACGAUCCAACACCUUCUACGAGGAAAAGGCCAGCAUUUAGGGAGAAGAAGAUUCCAGUGGAGUCGGGAGAGGCUAAUCCAGCUGGGACAGUGACAGUAAAGUCAAGCCAUACAGAUCAUCCUUCAGAAAGGAAUGAAAGGAAGGAGGAUAGAAGCAGCAACCCUAACCAUUUGGAUAGAUCUGAGAAGCAAAUUGCAGAUGACAGGGCACUCGACAACAGAGAAGCUAGGAGGGAUGGCUUUGCAUCAAGAGCAAGGUAUGGUGGAAAUGGAGGCAAUAGCAGUUACAGAGGGAGAGAUAAAUUUAAUGGAAGACAAGAUUAUCAUCCUGUUAAGACUCAAACAGAGAAGUGGAAACAUGAUUUGUAUCAAGAGGUUAACAAGGACCCAAUUGCAAAGAAUGAGGAUGAUCAGAUUGCAAAGCUGGAAGCACUCCUUGCUUCUUAAUAUCACAUUAUAGGCAGUAUUUGGUAAGCUUGUUAAUGUUGUUUUCAGAAAUCAAAUCAUUAUUUCAACACAGGGAAUAUGGGAUAGUUUUCAAAGAUGAUCAAUUUCACUAUUUCUUUAUCUUUCUGGUUUACAUCUUUUAGUUUUAUGGCAUGUAUUGCACUUGAGCUGCCAAAAUGCUUAUUAUGAUAUCAAGCCAUUGCUAAAUUCAGCCUAGCUAUUGGGUCUGUUAA